GGCGCCGUGCCGAGCGCGUUUCCCUUGGGAACCAUGAGCAUUCAGCAGCAAAGAAAAAUUAUCUACUCCUGGUAUGGAAAACCCACGAGCUCUGACAGAAAACUGAGGACUUUACAGUACAAGGGCAUCCUUAUUGCACGAGAAAGAAGCAGAAAGGAAACCUGUGUACAGCUUGGUGAUUUUGUUUUAGUAGAAGGGGAGAAUGCAGACGAACCUUUUCUGGCACAGCUCCUGGAUCUGUAUGAAGAUGGUGCUCAUCAGAAGCAUGCCAUUGUGCGGUGGUUCACCCGGAUUGCAGAGAUACCUCAGAACAAACGCAAGCUUCUGAAGAGAGAGAUUUCUCCCAAAGAAGUGUUUUUGGAUCAGGUUUCUGGCUAUGACAAUGACAUAGCUGUGGAGAACAUUAUUAAAAGUGUCAUGGUAGUACCUCUACAUCUGGGGGAGGAAAUGCCUCUUGAAUUAAACAGGGAACAAACUUUCUAUGUGAAACAGUCAUGGGAUGGAAAAUGCUUUAAGGUUUUGUCUCGUGACAUGUUCUGUCAGCUGAAAGAAGCUAAUAAGAAAAGAUGUGGCAUCUCAAACUCAUCAAACUCAUUUAUUGCUUCAGACAUUGUUUCUCCUCUGAAAAAGGAAGUGAAGAGUGUUGUUCAGAGUGACACAAAACCAAGAAAUGGGGAGAUGGAAAUAGAAUCAAAACAUUCUGCUUCCAAGUCCUCUCUCUCUAAGGAGAGGAUUUCGCAGAGAAUGGCUAAUGGCAUCAGGACUCCAACAGCAAGGAAGAAGCUGCAGUUAAACAGUCCUACAAGAUCUAAAGACAGGUUCCUGGGAUCUGAAGUUUUGGAACUUUUGGAUGAUGACUGUAAUGCUGUAGCACUGUCAGAACCAUCAGCCACUAAAAGAAAAGUGCAAUUCACUGGCAUUUUGGGCUCCCCACCGAAAAUACCAUGUGUCAAUGCAAAGUCGAAGUCAGCAUGUGGUGCUGUAGAGCACUGGGACAGUCUUGCCGAUUCCAGACGAUUAUCCCCUUAUGCUAAAGUCAGAGACUUCAGUAAGCAAGCCAGGCAUCCUCGUAAGGAAGAUGACUCCAGGUGUGUGACUGGAAAUCUGGAACUGGACACUCAGAGCCUCAUUCUGACACCACGUUCUCGCCGAGCAUGUGUGCAGCAAACAAUCACUCGCAUUGCAGAGCACAUCAGCAUAUUAAACACAGGAGAGUUGAACAAGGAAGAGGAUUUUCUGUCUAGCUCAGACUGCUCUUACUCUUCCAGUAGUGAGGAAGAGGAGGAGGAUGAUGAUGUGCUCUGCACACCAACAAGUAAAACUAAAUCAAGCAGAACACUCAACACCCCACUGUCUUCAAGGAAGUCGUCGGUUGACACUCCUGUCAAGACCCCAAAGAAAACUCCUUUGCCAGGAACACCCAAGACACCUCGGAAUGCGACUCCUGAAAUCCCCAGGCGCAGCCAUGUGGCACAGAAACCAGGCAGUGUUCUGGAGGAAGCCAGGCUAAGGCUGCACGUUUCUGCCGUCCCAGAAUCUCUGCCUUGCCGUGAGGAAGAAUUCCAGGAUAUUUAUAACUUUGUGGAAAGCAAGCUUAUUGAUGGAACAGGAGGGUGCAUGUACAUCUCUGGAGUGCCUGGCACAGGGAAAACAGCCACUGUUCAUGAGGUUGUUCGUUCCCUGCAGCAGGCUGCAGACAGUGAUGAGCUCCCAGCAUUCCAGUUUGUGGAGAUCAAUGGCAUGAAGCUAACUGACCCUCACCAAGCUUACGUGCAGAUACUAGAGCUUCUGACAGGUCAGAAGGCGACAGCAGCCCAUGCCGCAGUGCUGUUGGCAAAACUGUUCACUACACCAGGACCAAAGAGGAAGAGCACAGUGCUGAUAGUGGAUGAGCUUGAUCUUCUCUGGACCCGGAAACAGAAUGUGAUGUACAAUUUAUUUGACUGGCCCACUCAGAAGCACUCCAAGUUAAUCAUCUUGGCUGUUGCCAACACCAUGGAUUUGCCAGAGAGAAUAAUGAUGAACAGAGUAGCCAGCAGGCUGGGCCUCACCAGAAUGUCCUUUCAGCCCUACACCUACAAACAGUUACAGCAAAUCAUUUCAUCCAGGCUGAACGGCACAAAGGCAUUUGAAGAGGAUGCAAUCCAGCUGGUUUCCAGAAAGGUUGCAGCACUAUCUGGCGAUGCAAGGCGCUGCCUUGAUAUCUGCAGGAGGGCCACUGAGAUCUGUGAGUUUGCUAGCCAAAAGAGAACCCCUGAAAUAGUCAGGAUGGCCCAUGUGACAGAAGCCAUAGAUGAAAUGUUCUCAUCGCCAUAUAUAAAAGCAAUCAGGAAUGCUUCAUUUCAUGAACAAAUCUUUUUGAAAGCAAUUUUGGCAGAGUUUCGCAGGGCAGGAGUUGAGGAGGCAACAGUACAACAGGUGUAUCGACAGCACCUGGUGUUGUGCAGGGUGGAGGGUCUGCAGCGCCCCACGGUCUCCGACAUCAUGGCAGUGUGUGCAAGACUGGGUGCCUGCAGGAUCUUGCUGGUGGAGCCCGGCAGUAAGUACCUGCAGGUGCGGGUGCGACUCAACAUCAGCCAGGACGACGUCACAUACGCGCUCAAGGAUGAGUGAGAUGUAGGAUGUGUGAACAGUUUGUAGGACGUAUGAGUGUUUUUAAUAUUGUCUAUUUUUUAUUGUUAAUAAAAGGGGAAAAAAUGA